AUGAGGCCAGUUACUGUGUUGCUUGUGGUGCUUCUCAGCACCUUCCUACUCGGUCUAGUGCAGGCUCAAAAUGAAGUAGCUGAAGCCAGCAUCUACCAGUACCAGUUCGUUGUAGCUAUUACCUACGCACGCCAGCUUCAUGGCAAUGGAGUGAUCCUGUCGAAAAGAUGGAUCCUAUCAUCCGCCAGCACGUUCUACAGGUACUCGUUCACCGAGUACACGGUAGCGGUCGGUGCUGAGGACUACCAGGACCAAGCCACCUGGUACGAGGUGGAACAUGGCUACAAACAUCCCAAGUACAUUGGUUCGGACUAUAACAUUGCGGUGGUGCUAAUUCGCGGCAGUAUCGAGUACACUUCCCGGGUCCAGCCCAUCCAUCUGCCCACCAGCAAUCCGGACGGGGUCGAAGCGGCAACAAUGCUUUCGUUUGGUGGAAGUGAAGAACACCAGGCCCAUCUUCGGCAAGCCAAGCUGGUGCUAACGACGGAUCAAAGCUGUAUCGAUCAGCAGGCAGAUUUCCUGGCCAAGCAGUACAUCUGGGAUGGUGUGGGGUACUGUGCGCUGCCCGAACCGGGCACCACGAUUGAUCUGUGGCACAUCGCGACGGGAGCUCCGAUUGUGGCGGACCGGGUGCUGUAUGCAGUGUUUGCCAAGCAUGUGGCAAGUGACCACAAGGGGCAGGAGGUUGCUACACGCAUUUGGCACUUUAAGGAUUGGAUCACGACCACCACGGACGUUUCGUGGGAUUAUUAA